AUGACAUUAUCAGCUGAAAAUAAUGCAGUCGAAGAAAACCAUCUGGUUGUCUUUAUUCAUGGGUUGUGGGGAAAUCCGGGACAUCUGCAGUACUUUGUAGACAGAUUCGUAGAAAAACAUGGUAAAAAUACUGAAGUUUUAAAUGUUAAAUGCAAUACCUCGUCAUAUACUUAUGACGGUGUUGACGUUUGUGGAGACCGAAUCGUUGAAGAAAUUUAUGAAAAUCUCGACUCAUUUCGAAAGGCGCACACCAAUUCAGAUGGCAUUGUGAAUAAAAAGAUCACCAAAAUAUCGUUUAUUGGAUACUCGUUGGGUGGAUUGAUGGCAAGAUAUGUCGUGGGAAUUCUUUAUAAACGUGGAUUGUUUAAUGACAUCACACCAAUGUCACUUACCACAUUCGCCACACCGCAUCUAGGCAUAAGACGUGAUGACGAUAGAUAUUUUGCAAAAAUUUUUAAUUGGGUCUCUUCAAGCAUACUGUCUAGAUCUGGUGAACAAUUACAAUAUGUCGACAACUUUGAAGGCGAAAAUGAACCACUCUUGCUUACUUUAACUAGACCAGACAAAAUAUUCUACAAAGCUCUCACGAAAUUCAAGUCACUACAACUUUUUGCAAACGUGAUAAACGAUAGCUCUGUUCCCUAUUGGACAUCCGCCAUCCUUGAAGUAGACCCAUUUGAGAAGAUUGAUGACUUAAUCCUAUAUCCAAACAAAAAAUGUCAGGACAUUAUAGAUCGCAUAGCAAUUUCCAAAUCUGUUGGCUGUGGCUCUUCUAAAACCGACGAUUCAUCCACGUCUUCGGACUCGGUUCACGCGACAACCCGCAACUCAUUUUCCAAAAGACUUCCUAGAUACAUGCUUAUCUCGGCGGUUGCCCCAAUUUUGCCAGUCGGUGCAUUAUUUAUUUUGGGGGCAAUCGCCACCCAAGGAAGGUCCUCCAGGAAGCGGGUGGCGAUGAUUCAAGAAAAGAAUGAUGAUAAAUUGAAGGAUUUAAAUGCUGUUGAUGGUGAACUGGUAAAUAAUGGUGGUGAGGGUGAGAAGAAAAAUGAAGAAAACAUAAUUACCCAGGAAUUUUCAAGCCUUGAAGAAGAAAUCGUUGAAGGUGUGAUGAUUUUAACGAAUCACGUUAGUCCACCUCAACCACGUAAUACUUCGAACUCCUCGCAAAAUGACUCUGAAACAAUUUGUCUCUCGAAUUUCGUCACCUCGUCGGAGUUUCCAAAGAUUUCCAUGUCACAACACCAAUAUCAGAGCUCACAAAAUCUGAACACUUUGGAAUGGAAAAAGUAUAGUGUAAUGACGGACAGCGUGCAUCCUCACGCGUCGAUAGUGUGUCGAAAUCGAAUGCACCAAGGUGGUAAAGAUCUUAUAAGAUAUUUCGUCGAGGAGCUUUUUGAGGCUUAG